CUCGGUCGCGUCAUGCCAUUGUUAUGAAAGUUCUCAAGCCGCCCUCUAUCGGCGGCGCCAUAGUGGUGGUAAACGACAGGGACACAGAAACAGCUGAUUAGCUUGCUAGCUGUUAGGUGAUGUCUUACUAUGGUCGUGAAUUUGCCUAAAUUAUUAGAUAGUCGUAAUUCGCUGCCUUUUUAUUUUGCCCAACAUACGCCAUUUCGGGACGAUUUGUGUUUUGCCAUUUUAGGCCAAGCGGAACCAGAAGGAGCUAACGUUACUGUAGCCAGGUCGUAAACAUUGGAGACAAAACAACACUAAAAAAACUGAUUUAACAUCGAGCCGAAUAAUGGAUCAAAAUUACACCUUGUAUCCUGUUAAACUGUACGUUUACGAUCUGUCUAACGGAAUGGCUCGCCAGCUGAGCCCCCUCAUGCUAGGGAAACAGCUUGAUGGAAUAUGGCACACUGCUAUUGUUGUCCAUGGAGAGGAGUUCUUCUAUGGGGGAGAGGGCAUCGCAAACUGCCCACCUGGUGGGACGUCCCUGGGAGAACCCAACUCCAUAAUAGACCUGGGCAUCACAGAAGUGACUGAGGAAAUCUUUAUGGAGUACCUGUCUUCACUGGGAGAGUCCACGUACAGGGGGAACCAGUACCAUCUGUUUGAGUGGAACUGUAACACGUUCAGUAACGAAGUGGCCCAGUUCCUCACCGGCAGCAAGAUCCCUGCCCACAUCACAGACCUGCCGGCUGAAGUGCUGUCCACACCUUUCGGCCAGGCACUACGCCCGCUUCUGGACUCCAUCAAUAUUGCACCACAAGGGGGCAACACCUUCAAUGGACAUUAUGGCCAGAGAUAGACCGAUAACACAGGUGCACAGAGUAAUAUAUUAAACGAUCAGUCAGUCUUUGUGGGGGGGGGUGGGAGAUCUGCAGCUCUGGACCUUUGUAAGUCCCUUACUGAUGUACAGUAGUCAAUCAGUGGGCCAGGCAGCAACCUAACCCAACCUGACCUCUUUAAUACCUUAAAGGCCCAGUGCAGUCAAAGAAGUGAUUUUCCUGUUGUUUUUAUAUAUAUAUAUAUAUAUAUAUAUAUAUAUAUAUAUAUAUAUAUAUAUUUCCACACUAUGAGGUGUCAAUAAUACAGUGAAAUUGUGAAAAUUAUAAUGCUCUUUUAGUGUAGGAGCUGUUUGAAAAGACCGCUGGAAAUUUCAGCGUAUUUUGGUGGGAUGGCGUUUUGGCCUUUCAUGUUGACAUCAACACGUGGUAAAUUAGUUAAUAGACCAAUAAAAAAGAGUUCCAAAACUCUCUGCCAAUAUCAGCACAUUUUCAGUUUCCCCCUCCCCACUCAGACCACUCCCAGACAGUCCUAGCAAAAUUAUUUAUUGAGAAAUUCUCUUUGCUAAGAAAUUCUCUUUACUAUUUUUGACUCAUUUAAAAUAAUCACACUAAGGUACUUAAUUGUUCCCAUGAAAUGAUUUGAUAUUGAGAUAAAAACAGCUGCAUCUGACCUUUUACCCCAGACCAGCCUGACACUCCCCAGACUUAACAUGAUCCUACCUAACUUACCCCUUUUCCACUAUAAACUUAAGUAAGUGUAUGAUAAGAUAGAUAUUUCUUCUACUCUCCAUAGGAGCCCAUGAUCAGCUGAAUGUAAAACUAAGGAGCUGCAAGGUUUCUAUCUAGAGCCAGAGCUGCAGCUCUUUCCUGCACAGGGGUGGGUAGGGUGUCCUUUUUACCUUCCUGUUAUAAGUAAUUAAGUAAGCUAUUUUAGUGUUUUCAUUGUUCUUUUUUAAUUACCAUGACAUGACUGCAUUGACACUCCAGAGAGGUAGAGAGAAGGGAUAGAGAAGAUGAAAAGAGAAACAAACCACAUUUGAGAUUUUAGCUGGAGACGUGAUAAAAACUAUACAUUCUGACUUGCACUUGUCUUGAUAUUGUGAACUUGCGUAUUCACUUAUCUUCGUAUCAACUUCCAACUGUCUGGUGUCAAGGUUUAUUCCUUGAAAACAUUGUUACACACAAGCACACACACACACACUCAAGAUAAUCAAGCUAUGACCUCGUGUGACCUGUACAGACGUGCUCAAAUUUGUUGGUACCCCUCCACAAAUGCACAAUUUUCUCCGAAAUAACUUAACUGACAAAAGUAAUUGGCAUCCACUGUUGCUUAUUCCAUAUUUAAUAGAAAUCAGACUUUGCUUUAGAUUUUUUAUUAAACAUAAUAUUUUAAAUAAUAAAACAAAUGAAAAUAGCGUGGACAAAAAUGAUGCAACCCUUAACCUAAUAUUUUGUUGCACAACCUUUAGAGGCAAUCACUGCAAUCAAAUGUUUUCUGUAGCUCUCAAUGAGAGUUCUGCACCUGUUAACAGGUAGUUUGGCCCAUUCUUCCUGAGCCAGCUGCUCCAGCUGUCUCAGGUUUGAUGGGUGCCUUCUCCAGACUGUAAGUCUCAGCUCUUUCCAUAGUUGUUCGAUAGGAUUCCGAUCAGGACUCAUAGAAGAUCACUUCAGAAUAGUCCAAUGUUUUGUUCUUAUCCAUUCUUAGGUGCGUUUAGCUGUGUGUUUUGGGUCAUUAUCCUGUUGGAGGACCUAUGACCUGCGACUGAGACAGAGCUUUCUGACACUGGGCAGUAUGUUUCGCUCCAGAAUGCCUUGAUAGUCUUGAUUUCAUUGUGCCCUGCACAGAUUCAAGGCACCCUGUGCCAGGCGCAGCAAAGCAGCCCCAAAACAUAACCGAGCCUCCUCCAUGUUUCACUGUAGGUAUGUUGUUAUUUUCUUUGAAAGCUUCAUGUUUUCGUCUGUGAACAUAGAGCUGAUGUGACUUGGCAAAAAGCUCCAGUUUUGGAGGACAUUCUCUCAGGAUUGUGGCUUGUCAUUAUGCAUUUUAGAAAAUUCCAGUCUGGCGUUUUUUGUGUUUUUCUUUCAAAAGUGGAGUCCUCCUGGGUCUACUUCCAUGGAGCCCAUUUUCUCUCAAAAAGCGACGGAUGGUGCGAUCAGAAACUGACGUACCGUCACCUUGGAGUUCAGCUUGUAUCUCUUUGGCAGUUAUUCUUGGUUCUUUUUCUACCAUUCGCACUCUCCUUCUGUUCAAUCUGGGGUCGAUUGUCCUCUUUUGGACGCGCCCAGUGAGGUUGGCUACAGAUCCAUGGACCUUAAACGUAAUAAUAUUUGCGACUGUUGUCACAGGAACAUCAAGCUGCUUGGAUAUGGUCUUGUAGCCUUUACCUUUACCAUGCUUGUCUAUUAUUUUCUUUCUGAUCUCAUCAGACAAAUCUCUCCUUUGCUUUACUCUGGUCCAUGUUCAGUGUGGUGACCACAAUAAUACCAAACAGCACAGUGACUACUUUACUCUGGUCCAUGUUCAGUGUGGUGACCACAAUAAUACCAAACAGCACAGUGACUACUUUACUCUGGUCCAUGUUCAGUGUGGUGCACACAAUGAUACCAAACAGCACAGUGACUACUUUACUCUGGUCCAUGUUCAGUGUGGUGCACACAAUGAUACCAAACAGCACAGUGACUACUUUUCUCCAUUUAAAUAGGCUGGACGACUGCUUACAAGAUUGGAGAUACUAAUUAAAGAAACAAAUUACUUUGAAAUAUCACUAUAAUGAAACGAUUUAUUCUAUUUUCUAAGGGGUACCAACAUGUGUCCAGGCCAUUUUAGAAUAUCUUUGUAGAAUAAGCAAUAAUUAAUCUCUUUUCACAGCUUCUUUGCUUUAUUCUAUGACAUACCAACGGCAUGCAAGUAUACCGCUUUUAAUUUACUCACUUUUCAUGAGGAAUGAAGCAUUAUUUCAAUGAGCUGUAAGGGCACCAACAAAUUUGAGCACAUCUGUAUGUAGGAUUUUACAGUAAUACACUGAACAACUGCAUCUUUCCAGAAUUGGUAUACUUAUACCUUUCAAAUUAGCAGGAAUGCACCAUAUCUAGGCAUUUUCAAAGAUUGGAAUGUUGUUGAGUCUCUGUACUGUUUUCUUGCAAUCAGUGUGCAGCCUAAUGUUGUUCCAGCAUAGGAAAUCACUCUCCAUAUCGAGAGUUAUGCCAACCACCAUUCACUUUUUUCCUGAUAUCAAGUGUCUGUGAUUUUGAUGCCAUUAUUUGUUUGUUUUGAUCUGUUUAUUUAUUGUAAUAUUAUAUACACAAGACUGUCUUUGUAAGUUACAUACUUUCAUUUAUUACCUAAUGUCAUUAUGAGCAUACAUAUCGUUAUUAUUAUUGUAUUAUCAAGAUUUAAUAUAUUCGGUAAUUCACAUUUGGUAUUAAGUCAAAGUUGUGAUACCCCCAAAAUGUCCAUCCUUACUCUGUCCACUAUUGUGAUGUAAAGAUCCUGUUUAUAUUUAACGAAACUCUUGCCUCUGCUUGAUAAAGACAACUUUUCUCUAA